CACACAAGAGAACUCACCAGCAAAUCUCCAAGUCUUGAUGUGGACCGGUCUUUUGAUGUAACGGACCUGGUUUUUCCACAUGUCUACUGACCGAAAGGCCGUUUUUGCAGACUUCACCAGAGAAAUUGAACUCUCCAAUCACCAAAAUGUGAUCUGCGGGGGACUGUCACAGGUACUAACCUCAAAGGGAGUAGACCAUGUUACAUGGCCACGCACCAUUGGGGGCCGGAACUCUGCAGCCCCCUCAACCUUCAGGCGAAGAAGUGUCUCUGCUGUACGGCUACCUUUAGUUGAUUCUUCCAAAGACAGUCACGCCACCAACAUCCUGUCUCCAUCCUACCCUACUGACAAGCAAGUCAACACGGACAAAAUGGGUGGUAUACCCUGGCACUCGAAAGGGUGCAUGAUGUGCCGAAAACGCAAGGUCAAGUGCGACGAACAAGAGCCAGAAUGCGCCCGAUGCAUCAAACGUGGUGUCAAGUGUCCUGGAUACGAAAAGACUCGCAUCUUCAUCCAUCAUCCGUUGGCGAGACGGGAGAAAGCUCAGGCCUCCGUCCCAAUCACUGAAUCGCAGUAUCAAAUCGAGCAUCAAAGUCCAUACCAAGCCCAGAUCCAGAAUCAAUAUUUGGCUCAACAUCAAGACCCCGUUCGAGCGUUGGUGAUGCCCAAUAACGUGACCUCUGGACCAGUAGCGCGCGAACAGGUUUUCUCGUCUUUCACCAACGUCUUCUUCAGCCAUACCGAGGAGGUCUCCUCGUUAAAUCUGUGGCAGUACCUGAUCUACAAUUUUGCGACCCUUCCCAACAAGACGAACAUGCUUGAGAGAGCGAUCUCUGCGGUGUCAUGUCUUUACAUGGGCAAGAUGAACAACGAUGAUCACAUGUACAAUUACGGUCUAGACUUGUAUGGAACUGCGAUUCGGAGUGUGAAGAACAACAUUUAUCGGAAUGCGUGGAACGCGGAGAUUGUGUAUACUGCCGUAAUUUUCCAGGAGUUGGAGGGAUACUGCUGUGCAUUUGAUCUCCGAGCAUGGCUGGCCCAUACUCUAGGAACGAGUACACUCCUGCGUUACUACCGCGAUAUUCUGCCUCGAAAUCCCCUCCUUGACGCUAUUUACAAUCAACAUCAGAAGAUGCGAUUGAUCAUUGCGACCGCAGGAGUCAACAUUACAGAAGACGAAUACCAGUAUCUGAAACAUUCAAGCGAUGGAAUUUCGACCCCGCUAUCCGAAUUGCUUGCGGUGUACGCAGAAUUUGGACCCCUCUCAACCGUCCUGAACUCAAUUUCCCCCAAUGAUCACGAGGGGUGCCAAAGUCUACUGCAAAAUUGCAUCAAACAAAAGAACAGAAUCACCGCAUGGUAUUCUCAGUAUGGCUACUCGAGGGGUCUCUUCGUGUGCGCUCCAGACGAAUGCAAAACCGACGAGCUCCCUCCGACAGAGGAAUUGUUCGGCGCCGGGUAUCGUUUCUCCUCGCUCGACAAUGCCAGAAUGCAUCAUUGGUACUGGAACGCGCUGGCAACUAUUCAGCCUAUGAUCUACAAGGCCAAAUCUCUCAUUCAAUCUUGUCCGCUCACCCCUGAGAGCGGCUCUGGCGGACUCCCAGUCGACGACGAGGAUCAUCGAAUGUCAGAGGUUUACGCCGAUGAAAUUUGUCGGACUAUCCCGUACUAUGCGAAUGAUACAAAGACACUUUCCGGAAUCCGCAUGUUGAUGUUCCCCAUGAGUGGAGCUAUCAAGGUCUACAUCGGCCUGGAAAAUCGGGAGAAGUUCCUCUGGUGCCAACAUGCUCUUCGCCUGAUUUCGAACCGUGGUCUAAGCUCCUCUCGCCGUCUCAGCGAAUUGUUCUGGAACAACUGGAAUAAUAGGACUGAUGAUUUGUGCCCCAUUCCUUGUCGAUCUCUGCGUGAUGAAAUGCUGUCUUUUGAACUUUCCACGGAGCACCAGGAGAAGGUAUUUGACGUUGGUGAAAUGCUUGAAGAGUCCAAGACCAAUGAUAUGUCGAACUCGGUUCCCACGCCGACUGAAACACCGACUGAAGUAAUGAAAUCACCGAAGACACCCGUGGUUGAGAAGGUACCGAAGUCCAUGCCAAGGACUAAUCCCAAGCCCAAGGCAAAGGCAAAGGCAAAGCCCAGGGAGGAGCCAAAGGUCACGGAAGAGCCACAGAUUCAAGGCAAAAUUCAGUUUAUCCAAGAGGUUAUUAAGGUCUAAAGGGGUUUCAAGGUUAAGGCGUCCGGGAGCAUAAUUACUUGCACAGGCAGAAGAGCAACAUAUAAACUGUGUUGAGAAACCAAAUAAAGGAAACAUUAUAACCAGACUUCACGCAGUCUUGCCUCUGUCCAUCUCGAUAGAACACCGUCCUCCAUACUCAUCUAAACUCCCGCGGCAAAGAAGUAAACUUCUUCACCUCAUCCAAAGUCUCCUCCCACAACUUCUCCUGCACCUUCCUCCCAUCCUCGGACCGGAUAUACUUUGAGACCCUGGACCAAAAACGACACCGUCAGCCAUACACCACAUUUCCUAUCCAAAUUCACAUAAUCAGGGAUCCCAAAAACUCACUCAAGAACCUCCUUAUCCCCCAAAAGCCUCCCAUGCGACUCCACCCCCGCCACAACGGCGGCAUUAACAACCAACCACCCCCCAACCUCAACACUCCUCGCCCUCAACGCCUUCACAAGAUCAACAACAGCCCUCCAAUAAAUCGGCAAAAAGUCACUGAUCCCCGUAUCCACCAUCCCCGGACAAACCAUAUUCAGCAAUACCUUGCUCGGAUCCAAUCUCGGCGCAAGACUGUACAUGAACAUCGCGCAGAGGACCUUGCUAUCUGCGUACCGCGAGUACGGCGAAAUGGUCCCCUCGGCGUCGACAUACUCCAGAACGGAGGUGUACGUAGCCAGGGGAGACUUUUUAGGGAAACUAGUCAUGGCCUCGUGCAUGCGACUCCCGAGCCAGGUCACCCGCGUUGGCGAGCCGGUCGUUUCGGCGCUGGCAAUCAAAUACGGGAGUAAGGUUGCCAGGAGGAGAGCAUUGGAGAGGUAAUUGACUUGAACGGUCUCUUCGUGGCCCGUUGGAUUGGGUGUGUAUUUCAAGCGACUUAUUCCUGCGUUGAGGAUGAGGAUGUCGAGUGUCGGAAGGGUUUGAGGAAGCAUUUUGGCGAAGGAUGUUAUGCUGUCGGUGUCGUUGACGUCGAGGGGGAGGAUUUUGAUGGUUGGGUUUUUGGAUUGGAUGGUUGGGUCGGCGAGGAGGGUUUGCAUACAGGCUUGGCCUUUGGUUUCGUUGCGGACGGCGAGGAUGAGGGUGGUUAGGUUUAGGGCGAGGAGUUGCCGGGCUGUUUCGAGGCCUAGGCCUGCGCUGGCGCCCGUUAUCACGGCGGAUUGGCCUUGGAGGUUGAUGUCGGAGGGUAGGGGAGUGACUUUGGGUUGGAAGAAUGGCAUGUUGGAGGGGUAUAUGUGGUGGAUUGAGGGUAUAGCUUGUUGGGAGGGUGUCUGUGGUGGAAUUGAUAUUUUGGUGAAACGUGGAUUUGAGCACGGUUUCUUGAGCAGGU